AAACUUGGAAUGGUAGAAAUUCCAUGGAAAUGGAAUCAGCAGAAAUUAAUAGAAGAAGCAUCAACGAAUCCUCUUUCCAUAUCCAUGCAUCAAGUUUUAGGAGCAGUAUUUCAACGAAAGAAAAUGAUGACGAUGACGAUGAAGUUGAGUUGCAGUGGGCAGCAAUCGAAAGAUUGCCCACUUUCGAACGAAUUCGAUCAUCAUUAUUCGACAACGAGCAUUUAAAUGGCAGCAAAGAGAAAGAGGGCAAGAGUGUGAUUGAUGUAACAAAGCUAGGAGCUCAACAACGGCAUAUAUUCAUUGAGAAACUUCUCAAGGAUAUUGAACAAGACAAUCGCCGCCUCUUGCAGAAACUCAAAGAAAGAAUAGACAGUGUGGGUGUGGAAUUGCCAACUGUGGAAGUAAGAUACCAGAAUUUGUUUGUAGAAGCAGAGUGUGAAAUAGUUGAAGGAAAACCUCUUCCAACACUUUGGAACACCCUCAAAAACAUAAUAUGUGGUAUGACACAAAUUACAAGGUGCAAGUCUCAAGUGAAGAAGCUAGAAAUUCUCAAAGAUGUCAGUGGCAUUAUCAAGCCCUCAAGGUUGACUCUGCUGCUUGGCCCUCCUGGCUGUGGGAAAACUACUUUGUUACAGUCACUUGCAGGGAUACUUAAUCACUCUCUCAAGUGUGACUGGGGAAAUAACUUAAAUGGUUUCAAGUUCGAUGAGUUUGCUCCUCAGAAGACAUCAGCUUAUAUAAGUCAAUAUGAUCUGCACAUCCCUGAGAUGACUGUGAGGGAAACACUUGACUUCUCGGCCCGUUGUCAGGGCAUUGGAAGCAGAGCAGAUAUGAUGCAAGAAGUCAAUAGAAGGGAGAAGCAAGCUGGAAUUGUACCGGAACCAGAUAUAGAUACUUACAUGAAGGCUAUUUCAAUUGAAGGGCUAAAAAGAACUCUGCUGACGGACUAUAUCAUUAAGAUCCUUGGGCUAGACACUUGUGCAGAUACCAUUGUAGGUAAUGCUAUGAAAAGAGGGAUUUCGGGUGGCCAAAAGAAAAGGCUAACAACAGCGGAAAUGAUAAUUGGUCCAACAAGAGCUCUCUUUAUGGAUGAGAUAUCAAAUGGUUUAGACAGCUCCACAACAUUUCAGAUCGUUAAUUGUCUGCAGCAAUUGACACACAUAACCGAGUCUACCAUUUUGGUUUCACUUCUUCAGCCAGCACCUGAGACCUUUGAUCUCUUUGAUGACGUUAUAUUAAUGGCAGAGGGGAAAAUUGUAUACCAUGGACCUCGAAAUAAUUCUCUAGAGUUCUUUGAGCAUUGCGGUUUUCGAUGCCCUCCGAGGAAAGGCAUUGGUGAUUUCCUCCAAGAGGUGGUUUCAAAGAAGGAUCAAGAAAAGUACUGGUAUCAUAAAGACCAACCCUACAGUUAUAUUGAAGUUGACAAGAUUGCUAAUAUGUUCAAGGAUUUUCAUGUGGGGAAGAAACUGUCAGAGGAACUAUCCAAACCUUUCAAUAAAUCUGAAUACCACAAAAAUGCUCUGUCAUUUAACAUAUACACGUUGAAAAAAUGGGAAUUAUUAAGAGCAUGCACAGAAAGAGAGUGGCUACUUAUGAAGCGUAACUCAUUUGUUCAUGUGUUCAAGACUGUACAGCUGGUGAUCACUGCAGUAGUAACAAUGACAGUGUUUAUUCACACACGGAUGAACAUUGACGUGGUCGGUGCGAAUUUCUACCUGGGGUCACUGUUUUAUGCACUUGUUAGAUUAAUGUGCAAUGGAAUUGCUGAGAUAUCAAUGACUGCGUCAAGACUUGGAAUCUUCUACAAGCAAAGAGAUUUCUACUUCUAUCCUGCAUGGGCCUAUUCCAUUCCAACUGCCAUUUUAAAGAUCCCCCUUUCUUUGCUAGAUGCUUUUCUUUGGACAGCUGUUACUUAUUAUGUCAUCGGUUACAGUCCCGAAAUAGAAAGGUGCAAACGCAAGAAAAUUAUUCUUCAAUAAUGUAGAAAAUGAAUAAGACCAUCUUCUAAGUUCCUAUCCUUAUCAAUGAAUAUCAGGUUCUUUAAGCUGUUCCUCCUGCUGUUCCUUGUGCAUCAAGUAUCAGUGUCGCUGUUUCGUUUGAUUGCUUCUAUGGCUAGAAAUCCUUCAGUUGCAUCAACUUGUGGUCUUUUAUCUAUAGGAGUAAUAUUUCUAUUUGGAGGUUUCAUUAUUCGGCGAACUUCCCUACCUGCUUGGCUUCAGUGGGGCUUUUGGGUAUGUCCGCUGGCAUAUGCAGAGAUAGGUAUUUCAGUCAAUGAGUUUCUUGCUCCAAGGUGGCAAAAGAUAUCAUCUUCAAAUAUCACUGUCGGCCAGCAAGUUCUCAAAAACCGUGGCCUUGAUUUCAGUGACUACUUUUAUUGGAUUUCAAUAGGAGCAUUGGUUGGAUUUUGGAUUGUCUUCAACAUUGCAUUUACCUGCGCCUUAAGUUAUUUAAACGCUCCAGGUAGAUCCCGGACUAAGAUUUCCCACAGAAGUCUUUCUAAGAUGAAGGGAACAGAAGACUUUACUGGUCUUGUUACUCAAACAGCUAUUGCAGAAUCAAAAAGAACAAGUGAGAAUCCCAUAGGUUUGGUUUUACCUUUUGAGCCUGUUGCAAUAUCAUUUGAGAAUGUGCAAUAUUUUGUUGAUGCACCGAAGAAACUGAGAGAUCAAGGUUUUCCACAUAAAAGACUGCAACUCCUUCAUGACAUUACUGGUGCAUUUAGGCCAGGAAUACUCACAGCUUUGAUGGGUGUCAGUGGAGCUGGUAAAACAACUUUGAUGGAUGUUCUAUCAGGAAGAAAAACAGGUGGAAUUAUCAAAGGUGAUAUUAGAAUUGAAGGGUAUCCAAAAGUCCAAAAAGCAUAUGCUAGAAUAUCUGCGUACUGCGAACAAUUUGAUGUGCAUUCUCCAAAUAUUACUGUUGGAGAAUCAGUGACAUACUCAGCUUGGUUACGUUUGUCAGCUGAGAUUGAUAGACGUACUAGAUCCGAAUUUGUGGAAGAAGUCCUUCAAAUGAUAGAGCUAGAUGAACUCAAAGAUGAGUUAGUAGGUGUAACUGGUGUCAGUGGUAUAUCAAAUGAGCAACGUAAACGGCUAACCAUUGCAGUAGAGCUUGUUUCGAAUCCAUCCAUAAUUUUCAUGGACGAACCUACUUCUGGUUUAGAUGCCAGGGCGGCUGCAAUUGUCAUGCGAGUUGUCAAGAAUAUCGUGAGUACAAAUAGAACAGUUGUCUGCACCAUUCACCAGCCAAGUAUUGACAUAUUUGACUCAUUUGAUGAGUUGAUUCUGUUGAAACGAGGAGGGCAAAUUAUCUAUUCUGGAGAGCUGGGUCAGAAUUCAAGUAAGCUUAUUGAAUAUUUUGAGGGUGUUUCUGGGAUACCAAAGAUCAAAGAAAACUAUAACCCAGCAACAUGGAUGUUAGAAGUUACCAAUCCUUCUGUAGAAGCUCAACUAGGUUUGGAUUUUUCCGUUCUCUACAAGGAAUCUGACUUAUUCUGGAAAAACAAUGAACUAGUUAAAGAACUGAGCUCACCAAGAGGCUCAAAGGAGAUACAAUUUUCUACUCGCUUUCCUCAAAAUGGAUGGGAUCAAUUUAGAGCAUGUCUGUGGAAACAGCAUCUCUCAUAUUGGAGAAACCCACAAUAUAAUUUGGUGCGCUUGAUAUUUAUAGCAGUGUCUUCUUUGUUAUUUGGAGUACUUCUUUGGCAGAAAGGACAGAGGAUAGAUGGUGAACAGGAUUUGUACAACAUACUUGGAAGCAUGUACAUGUUUGUUCAAUUCGUGGGACUUGGAAACUGUUCCUCUGUUUUACCACUUAUAGCUUCAGAACGCACAAUUGUAUACAGAGAACGGUUUGCUGGAAUGUAUUCCUCAUGCGCAUAUGCAUUUUCACAGGUUAUUAUUGAAAUUCCCUAUGUAUUUCUUCAAGCAUUUUUGUUUUUGAUUAUUACAUAUCCAGUAAUAAAUUUCUAUUGGUCACUUUACAAAAUAUGUUGGUAUUUCUACACCACGUUUUGUACAUUUCUCUACUUCAAUUACUUGGGCUUGCUGAUUGCUUCUUUGACACCUACCUUAGAAAUGGCUUCGGUAGUUGCAGCCUUUUCCUACACCUUGUUGAAUUUGUUCUCAGGGUUUCUCAUACCCGGACCGAAAAUACCAAAAUGGUGGGUUUGGGCUUAUUGGAGCUGUCCAACUUCUUGGUCCUUGAAAGGUCUUCUAACUUCACAGUAUGGAGAUUCAAAGAAGCAAAUUACCAUAUAUGGGGAGAAGCAAGCAAUUGAUGCAUUCUUAAAAAGCUAUUAUGGGUAUGACUAUGAUGACCUAGGAAUUGUUGCUUUUGUUCUUCUUGCAUAUGCACUUGUUUUUGCGUGUGGUUUUUCAUAUGCUACAGAAAAACUCAACUUUCAGAAGAGGUAAAGAUGCUUCUUAAAUGUAACUAAUGUAAUGUGUAAUAUCAGCUUGAACAAGUCUUUAAUGCAUUUAAAAUGGAAUUUUGUUUUUUAUGGGGAUGAAAAGG